AUGCCGCUUAUCAACGGUCAGAAGAUGGCCUGCGAGCCUUGCAUUCGCGGCCAUCGGUCGACCAAAUGCACCCACGCCAACGAGCGGCUCAUGGUGCCCGUCCGCAAGCCCGGCCGCCCGCUGAGCGCGUGCCCUCAUCCGUCGGCCCAGCCGUGCUCCUGCGCCGCCGUGACGGCGGCCAUCCCGCGGAAGCAGAAAUGCAACUGCGGCGGCUCCCAGCCCGCGCCCGUGCACGUCAAGCACGAGGAGGAUGCCGCCGGAGCCGGUGGCGGCAGCACGACGCCGCCUAGCUUUUCCAAGCCGAGCGCCGUCUUUCGCGUCCAGAAGUCAGGCUUGAAGGCGGCCCUGGGCAAGAAGCCGUCGAUAGACGCCACGGGCCUCGAGAGGAUGGACGCCAGCCAACUGAACGUCCUGCCCAUGUACGGCGCCGCCGUCCCGCAGCCCAUGGCGAUGCCCGGCGCCGUCCCGGCUCCCAUCUCGGACAUGCCCAUGUACGGAAGCCUUCGCCUGACGCCGACGGAGAGUCGACGCAGCCCCGACUCUGCACUCUUCCCCAUCUUUCCCUUUUCCGUCUGGAACCCGCCCAUAAGCGGCCCUCUGCCGGAGACGGCCGCGGCCGCGGACCAGUCGACGAAUCUUUCGACGCGUUCGAGCGCGCCGCCGACGUCCGCCGGAUGCUGCGGCGGCCGCUCGAACGGGACCAACGGCAACGGCAACCUGCAGGCCUCGAUGUCCGUCCCGGCCGCGAGUGGUCAUGGGGGGGCGGGGGCGAAGAGUUGCUGUUCGACGACGACGACGACGACGACGACGACGACGACGGAAUCUCGGGGCCUCGCGCCGAAAUCCGAAUCGAUGCCUCCUCUCUCCCCCACCGGCCUGCAAUCGCCCACCGGCAUCAUGGGGCCGCCGACGAGCGCACACCUCACCAUGUCGAGCGGCGGCUAUCCGUAUUACUCGCAGCCGACAAUUUUCAGCUAUCCCCCUCAGUUCGGAUCCUUCCUCCAACCCCUCCAGCCGGAGCAGUGGCGAGAUAUGAUGACGAGGGUCAACUACGAGCAGCCCAUGGCCGCCCCGAACCCGCCCGCCUUCGAGAUGCCGCCGGCGCCCGGGCCGGGCGUUCCCAACGACGCGACGUGGACCUCCCACCAGUGUACCUGCGGCCCCUCCUGCCAGUGCAUCGGCUGCGCGGCCCAUCCGUACAACAACGCCACGCAAAACUACGUGCGGUCGGCCUGGAGCACCAUGAUGGAGGACGAGCAGAACAUGCACCCGCCCACCAACGGCCGCGCGAACGUCGGCAUGAACCUCCACCAAGAGUCAUUUGCGAGCCGGACGUCGAGCGGCCGGGAAACACCAGCAGCAGGGCUGGUCGAGGGCGGAAUCGCCUCGGCGUCGCCGCCGCAAACGCCGUCUGACGCUUCCACGGCGGCCCCCGAGGAGCAGACGUUGUCGGCGAGCGACUACUUCUUCGUCAGCUACCCCUUCCGCGAUUCGUGCGCCGGCGACACGUCCAACUGCCCGUGCGGCGAUGACUGCCAGUGCAUUGGAUGCAUCAUUCACGGGUCGGGGCGCGUGCCGUAG